AUGAAGCUUCAACUCAUCAAGGCAUAUAAAGAGGAAGAACUCUAUUGGAGUCAGAAAGCAAGAUGCAGGUGGCUACAAGAAGGGGACAAGAAUACUGCUUAUUUCCAUGCAAGUGUGAUGGCUACAAGGAGAAGGAACAAAAUUAUAGUGUUACAGAGAAACAAUGAUGAAUGGUGCAAAACUGAACAAGAAGUGAUGGAGGAGAUAUGCAACUAUUACCAACAGCUAUUUACAACAGCAAAUACUGAACAGGAACAGGAAAUAAUUGAUAAUGUUCUUAUUGCACAAGAAUUCAUGCAUUUCCUGAAAAACAAAAGAAAAGGAGGAGUAGGUUUUAUGGCCCUAAAACUGGAUAUGUCCAAAGUCUAUGAUAGGGUUGAAUGGAAAUUUGUAGGAAAAAUGAUGAUGCAGGGACUUUCUCACAUGAUCAACAGGGAUAUGAACCAUGGAAAUGUCACAGGAAUCAAAGAGGCCAAGCAGGUGAAGGAUAUCUUACAGAAUUACUCAAAGGUGUCUGGACAACUGGUAAAUUUUGACAAAUCAGCUAUGUACUUCAGUAGGAAUACUCCUAAACAUGUCAGAGAAGAAGUGUGUCAAAAGCUAGGAGAUAUGAGGGAAGCAGGCAGUGGCAGAUAUCUGGGCCUGCCUAUGGCUAUCGCAAGAUAA